AUGGCUCUUGCUCCUCAAUUUGCAGACUAUGUGUGCCCAUUUUCUUGUAGAAUGUUUAGAACAUUACAAAAUGAAGUUUUUCCCUAUAUUGAGCAAAAGUAUUCUGGAAAAAUUCAGUUUAUAUUCCGUCAGCAAAUUCAACCUUGGCAUCCAUCCUCAACUCUCGUUCAUGAGGCUGGAUUGGCAGUUGAAAGAAUAGAUCAAAAGAGCUUUUAUAAAUUUUCGGACAAGCUUUUUGAAGCACAAAAGGAUUACUUUGAUGAAUCAGUUCAAAAUCUUAAUCGUGAACAAAUUUACCAAUCCUUGGCGAAACUUGCUGGAUCAAUUGGAAUUUCUUCUGAUCAAUUUCUUUCUUUAGUUAAUAUUAAGUCUGUCGAUUCCAACAUUAAAGCUACCAAUCAAGGAAAUCAAUUAACUCCCGAUCUUAAAUGGCACAUUAAGCUUGGUCGUCAAAAUGGAAUUCAUGUUUCGCCCACAGUUUUAUGGGAUGGAAUCAUUGAUGAUAGCAUCCAAUCUAGUUGGACUUUAGGAAAGUGGGAAGAAUGGUUAACCAAAAAAUUUUAA